UGAUGGACUCUGAUCUGAUUCUCUCCUCCGACCCCAUCAUCCAUCAGGUAUCCGUACACCGUACCAAGUGAAAAGCCUCUGCCUUCACCUGCGCCUGUCCGUACUGCCUCGAUUCAUUACUGCAUCGUAUCAACACUGCGCUGGCGGCUACCUUGUCUGGCUCAAUCACACAGAAACACGACUGCAUCCCUCUUGCCGGCCCAUCCUUGCCAUCGGCUCUGUCGCCGGUUUGGGGAAAUUCUUGCCCCUCAAAGGCCUGUACCCCUGCAAAUCAAGCAAUAUCUUGCACUUCCCCCGGCACUGGUCUGCACAUCCUCUUCAACACCUCUCCUGCAAUUCUCACCACAAGCCGAAUCACGUCAAGCUUGCAGCAAACAUUUCGAUCUUUCUCAAGGCAUCAAUUAACGGCAAGUGCGUCGUAGCUACCACACGUAGGGCAGCGCGACUUCCGCCAGCGGAAACGUGCCGGUCAAUUGGGACCCCCAGUCGACACGCUCCCAAACGGCUCCAUCACGACUCGGGAAGAGAGACCCUGAGCUCUCCACCAUUCACUAGAGCGGUUCCCGCUGCCUCGGAAAGCCCGCUUAUGAAGUUCCGCGCUCUCCGGACAACGAUAGACCCGGACGAAAUUAAAGCAUCGACAACGUUUAAGGCCUCUAUGCCUCUUGCCAUCUUUACUUGAAAUCCUGCUGUUCGAUACAUAUCAGCCGCCGUUGCACCGUCUGCCAAACAACGACUCUUCGCAGACCCGGCCUGCACGAACAUCGGCAUCUCUACGGGCAUAACAGGGCCCACGAGCCCCCGACUCGUCUUCCCCCCUAUCCUCUACGACCACUGCCUACGAUGGCUCGGCUACGAAGUCCAGCAUCGCUGGCCGCGGCCAUAAUCAUCUUGUGCGCCUUCCUCACGACAACUAUGGCAGCUACCGAAACUGUCUACAUUACUGGACAAGACAAAGACGGCAAUACCAAAGAGCUCGCCGUCAACCGAAGGCCAGGCCUCUACACCGGUGAUUUUGGCGAUUGUCUCGGAGGACAGAGCUUGUUCAACAUCACCAAAUUCGAUGCCGCCUAUUAUGCCGACAACAUGACGGUUCAGUUUCACCUGGACGGAACCACCAACAUUAGGAACGAGUCUUUGAUGAUGCAUAUCAAUGUCGAAGCUUACGGCGAGACGAGAUUCGAGAUGAACUUUAAUCCAUGCAUGGCAAAUAUUGCUAGUCUGUGCCCUUUGAACGCCAGCAAUCCCAUCACUGCAUUUGCCGAGUUCAGACUCACACCGGCACAAAUCGACGGCAUUCCAUCCAUUGCUCUCGACAUUCCCGAUUUCGAAGGUUCCGCCCGGGUUCAGAUAUUUGCAAAUUCCAGUCAAACUCAGAUCGGCUGUUUCCAAGCCGUCAUGCGCAACGGCAAUAGCUUUUCCCACCCGGCGGCCAUAUCAUCGAUACUAGGUGUUUUCACUGUGGCCGCCAUUCUGGCCUCUUUCGCCACUGCGAUAUACGGCGUCAGCAUCCCUCAUAUGAGAACACACUACGCCCAUUCGUUGUCAGUCCUGGUCAUUUUUGAGACGUUCCAGACCAUCUUCUUCUCAGGCGCUCUGUCUGUCAACUGGCCCAGUGUUCUGCCUGCAUGGUGGAGCAAUUUUGGUUGGGCAGCUGGCAUGAUAUACAGCGAGAAAAUGGUGAGCUCGAUCGACGGAUUCGCUGGCGUCACUGGUAAUGCCAGUCAAGUAGGCGGUGCGGGAUCUGCCGUUAUCAGCACUGGCGGUGGCCUUAUACAGCAAAUUUACGGCCGCUCACUCGACACUUUGUCCGCCCCCAGCAAUACCAUGCCCAUCAACACCCUCAUCCAGCGAGCAGUUCGGGAAUACAACACGAGCAAUCCGUACGAAUAUUACUGGGCAGGUCACCCCGUCUCCCCAGGAAUGCCUAUGCCUGGCAAAUGGAUUGGCUUUGCUGGUGACCUGUCAGCCCUGGGUAUCCCGGCCGCUGAUGCUUUCACUCUGGGUCUCAUUUGGUGGUUGGUUGUUAUCGGACUGGUUGUCGUCUCCAUCGCUGUCUUUAAAUUCACCCUGGACAUACUGGUUGGGGUGAAGUUGCUGAACCAGGAUCGCUUUCUCUACUUUCGCAACCACCUUGGCGGAUACCUGGCGGCAGGGAUUCUUCGAACCCUUCUCAUAUCUUUCUUCCCCCUGAUGACUCUAGCGUUGUUCCAGUUCAACAUCCGCGCGCCAGCCGGCCCGACGGCUGUUGCAGCGGUGGUUUUCAUCCUGUUGCUGGUGGGCGUUGGAGGCAUUGUAGCAUAUGCCUGCUUCUUCCGCCUCCGCUCUGGGAAAUACAAAAUGGGACCCGAUACGAUCAUGUUCGAGCAGGGCAAGCUUUUCGGCUCCGUUCCAGCGGUUGCCACAACGCGUGCUAGCAAGAUUGGAGAGGAGGAAACGACCGCCAAACGCUACGGAUCCAUGCCGUUUUUCAAGAUUCAAUUUAUCGACGACGAUCCCAACCGAACGAGUGUCCACCAAGACGAGGCUUACAUCAAGAGGUUUGGCUGGCUCUCGGCUCGGUAUCGCCGCACAAGGUGGUGGUUCUUUUCGUGUUGGCUCAGCUACCAGUUCAUCCGCGCUUGUUUCAUCGGUGGCGGUGCCCGAAGUCCACUCGCUCAAGUAUACGGGCUCUUCGUUUUCGAGAUCAUCGCUUUUAUCGUAUUCGUCAAAUUGACCCCAUUCGAGGGUCAAAGAAAUACGUCUUUGGCGAUCUGGAUGCUGGGCAUUACCAAGGUUGCUACGGCUGGGUUUUCCAUUGCCUUCCUGCCCGAUUUCGCCAUCGGUCGCAUCAUGUCAACGGUCUUUGGUAUAAUCAUCAUCGUUGUUCAGGGAUUUCUCGUCGUCGCGGUUCUGAUUCUUGUCGUCCUGGGCCUCGUAUCGUCGUGGAUGUCACUCUACCGGAAUCGCGAGAAUUUCCCCGAAAAGCUGGACACCACCCGCAUCAGGUACUACGAACAUGUACAAGCCAGAGCCACUGACCUUCCCCCGCCGCCAAAGCCUGAGCCGCAGGAGCCUCAGGAACCGCCGCAGCCGUACUUUUCGGUCAACAGCGUCCGCCGGACACGCAAGAUUGAGGAUGACGACGAGGACGAAGUUGGAGACAUCAUCCGUCCGCAAAAUGCCUCGGUGAUUCAGUUUGCUCCAGGAACCAAUACCCGACGAAGCCGGACGAAUAGUGUCAGUUCGCGUUAUUCGGUUGGUAGCUUGCCGCGCCGCGCCAGACCGCACCGAACCUCCUGGAGCUCAGCCGAUUUCGCUGAGUGGGAUGCCGAUCAAUCCGCGUCAUCGCUCGCGCACCGCAGCAGUUUCGGUCACCAGCGCAACGGCUCGUGGAGGCAGGUUUCGCACUCCGAUUCGAAGCCUAAUUUGGGUCGCUCUGCCAACAACUCGCCGGUCCCUGAGCGGGCAGCAUCGACCAACGAAUUGCGCCGCCUCAUGACCCCAACAGAGGAGGUUCCAGAGGAGAACGUUAUGACGCCUGGUGAAAUGGUCGGUCUCGAAAGAACCAGCGACAAGGCCAAUGCUGUGGCCAUUUCGCCAAUCAACGAGACGGACGAGAAGUACCACGAAACCAAGGGCGAUGCCUCGCCCAUCGAAGAGAAGACACAUAAAUAAGCCUUGAGACACAGGCAGAAUCAACAGGCUCCGGCUUCAAUAAACAAGUAAAAAACCACAUCACAGGCUUAGGACGAAGCCUUUGGUGGCGAUCCAAGACCGGUUUCGUUGCUGCGGCAUUGCAUUGCGUACGCAGGCCCUCGGGGUUUGGACGAUAUACAUGAGGAAUGAUUAUGAGGCGUUGGUGGGAAUAGUCAAUUUUGAAAGGGAAAUAAUACCGUUUGUGUAAUGGCACUGAGAAGAAGGGUUGGGCUCAUGUUCGUUCCCGCUAGGUUGUGCACAUACAUAUCUUUGGCAUGGAGGCCCAUGGACAUACUUUUGCGGAUAGACACAACGGGCCGAUUGGUUCUUGACAUAGAGAUUGAGUAGAGCAAACGUAAGUAGACCUAGAUUAUCAAUAGUCAGCGUCAAUAUUCUAGAAGCUCUUCCACGCGCCGUCACUUGAUUAUCUCGCACCGAAAUCGAAUAUCAAAUACGCUUGAAGC